AUGCAUAUUAGAACUACCUUGAGGAAAUUUUUGCCAAUAUAUGGAUUUGCAUCUGGUGGUCCUUUGCGGUUCAAAAGAGCUGUUGGACACAGGGACUUGUUUUAUAUUGAUGACAAGGAUGUGGAUUUAAAAGAUGUUAUUGAAGCUUCUUUACCAAAAGCACCUCUUGAUACUGCAGUUACAUGCCACUGGCUUGCCAUUGAAGGUGUGCAACCUGCUAUUCCAGAAAAUGCUCCUAUAGAAGUAAUUUCAGCUCCUUCUGAUACCAAAAAGCAUGAGCAGAAAGAUGAUGACCUUCCAGUUGACAUCAAAUUGCCUGUUAAGCAUAUAUUAUCCAGAGAACUUCAGAUGUAUUUUGACAAAGUUGCUGAGCUUACUUUGAGUGAGUCUGAUUCAGCUCUCUUUAAAGAAGCAUUAGUAAGUUUGCCUACUGAUUCGGGGCUUCAUCCACUAGUUCCUUAUUUCACAUGCUUUAUAGCUGAUGAGGUUUCACGUGGUUUGAAUAAUUUUCCUCUUCUAUUUGCCUUGAUGCGAGUUGUAUCAAACGGAAAUUCAGCUCCAAACUUGGAGACUAAAUAG